AUGACAUACGAGUACAACACUUCUUCUUCUACCGAUAGCCGUUUCACACAACGUCAACCUGCGUCGAAGUGGUCUUCUAGCAGUGGAAGUCGUGAUACUAAGCCUUCCAACACUAUGCUGAGCAUCAACUUCUCAACUCCCCUCGCGGGAGCUGCUCGAUCUGAGAGGAUCAAGCAGAUGACCAAUAACCACCCUGCUUUUGAGAAGUCGCGCAUGUCUCAGGAGAUUCUCGUCAAGAUUCAGACUUCUCUACGCCGAAUGCCUGGUGUUUCCUCCAAGGAAUCCAAUGAAAUCAUCUCGCAGCUGCAGGAAGUUGGGCAGAUCGUCAGCACCGAGACGAGUCAGCUUGUUGAUGCCCUGAUGAAUCUGACGCUCGAUCAAGAGGAUACUGACAAGGCCAUUGCACGCAUGAGCAUCGAGGCCAACCUCGCCAAGGCAGAGGCUGACGAUCAGGCUCACCACAUGAGCAACCUUCGUAGCGAACUGGCGGAUGAGAAGAACAAGCGACAGGAAGCUGAGACUGAAGUUGUCAAAGUCAUGGACGAGCUUCAGAAACUCUCUCGAGAGUUCAAGUCGCUGAAGAACAGAGAUCGCGAUGGUAGCCCUGAUAGCUCCGCGCAAAGUCCCGAUCGCGACGGCAUGAUUAAGCAGCUUGAAGACACCAUCAAGCACCUUGAGGAUCAGGUCAACUCUCGUCGAUCUCUUUGGGUCAUGAAGAACCCCAGCCCAAAUUCCGUGGCUCGCGCCAUUGAGACCAUUGCUGAUGCUUGCCCUGACAAGGACGCUGUCCAAAAGUCCAUCCUGUCUCUCCGCCCUGACGGCCGCGAAGAAGCUGGUCCUCGUGAGAACAAGCCUUCCAGCUUCAACGAAGUCGUAGCUCCGCCACAGCAACCUCCCUCGACUUUCCAAAGCAGCCGUCCUCCUUCGAACUUGCCAUCACGCUUUGGGUCUCACAUUGUGCCUGCUCCCUCUCGUCCAUCAUCCACUGCGCCAAGUGAUCGUCGAUUUGGUCAGUGGGCACCUCCUACUCCUGUGCAGAGUCAGUCUCGCUUUGGACCUCCUCUCACCGACGGUUCUGUUUCUGGAACCCAGUCCAUGUUCAACCGCAAUGCUCCGCGCCGUGGCUUUAACAGUGGUACUUACCGGCCCAAUGCCCCUGAGUUCUACCCUCAAUCCUACAGACACCCUGACAAGAGCUCUCCAGCGAAGAGCAACGGAGGAUAUAACCAGCGUCGAGAGUACUACCCUCCCACCCCUUCCAAUAGUCGUAACAAGUACAGUCGCUUUCGCGAUGCUGUCACUACCCCCGAUUACACUGCUCCUCCUGGUGCGCUCACCACGCGUCCCCCUUUUCCCGGCCCUCCAAUCCACGUCACUGAUAUGACUAUCAUGGCUUGGCACGAUCAGCUGAUGGACAUGUAUGCCGCUGUCCGCCGCUUCGUUAACCAAUAUGCCAAUGAACCCACAUUUAUCAACCCUACAGACCUGUCCAACACGCGCCUCUGGCCUGUUCUUCUGGCUGCUUACUACCCGCUGUCUGAACCAGAGGCUGUGUCUUAUCUUGACGUCCACUUGAAAGAAGAGAGCUCCAAGUGUUGCUUGGUCACUCGCGUCAUGGUUGACUACGUCGUCAACAGAGUUUGGGUUCCUCGUGCCUGGAUGGGUGCUGAGAGUGAUGCCACCUACGGCCUCAUUGAGGUCGAGAAGGAGUUUGAGAAGACUCAGGGCCAGCCAGCUGCUCGUCGCCAGCACAUUCUUGACCGUCAGGCAAGCAUUAUCGACUCUAUCCUCAAGCUGGAUGGAUUUGAGGAGUUCAGCAAGCUCCGCUGCCAAGAGAUAUGCGAGGUCAUCCUCAACAUGGUCGAGCCACUUCUCAACCCAGAGGCCGAUCCUGAGGAAACUUGGGCCGAACUCGAAGGUGUCUCCUCUGCCGCCUGGGCUCUGUCAAGCCGCAUUCUCAGCAGUCGACUGACCUUUGACUUUCGCUUCCCCGAUAUCGGAAGCCGAUACUCGCUCCAGUCCAUGCUUCCCAUCUGGCCUGACGUUGAGCCACAGGAGCUUCAGUCUGAUCACUGGCGGGUUGCCCUUGUCACUACGCCUGUCGUGACUGUUCGCAAUGACACUGGCGCAAACAUCUCGGCGCACUCGGUCUGUGUGGCUGACGUCGUGUGCAUGCGAUAA